UUCAUCGAUCUGGGCACUGCUCGCUCGCGAUCAGCCGGACACGUCUCGCCUUGCACGCGACGCCUGGCGGUGGCAGGGCACGACCGUCUCCAUCGAUCGAUCCAUCAGUCCCGCCUACAUAAAGCGGCGAGCUGACAUACACCAUGCAUCACCGGAGCCUGCUCGCCUACGCCUACGCACACUCGGAGGACAGCGCCGCCGCCAUGGCGGACGCCGUUGCUGGCGCCGUCGACUACCGCGGCCGGCCCGCCUCCCGCGCCGCCACCGGCGGCUGGAAGUCCUCGGUGUUCGUCAUGGCAAUGGAGAUCGCCGAGCGGUUCGCGUACAAGGGCGUGGCGGCGAACCUCAUCACGUACCUCACGGGGCCGCUGGGCCAGCCCAUGGCGCGCGCCGCGGCGUCCAUCGACGCCUGGAAGGGCGUCUCCCAGAUGCUGCCGCUGCCGGUGGCCUGCGUCGCCGACGCCUGGCUCGGCCGCUACCGGGCCAUCGUCCUCGCCUCCAUCCUCUUCGUCGUGAGCAUGGGCACGCUGUCGCUGUCGUCGGCGUUCCACAUCUUCCGCUCCGGCGGCCACGUGGCCGUCUUCUACGUCGCGCUCUACCUGGUGGCGCUGGGCGAGGGCGCGCACAAGCCCUGCGCGCAGGCGUUCGCGGCCGACCAGUUCGACGAGAAGGACCCCAAGGAGAACGUGGCGCGUAGCUCCUUCUUCAACUGGUGGUACUUCGGCAUGUGCGCCGGCACCGCCGUCACCACCAUGGUCUCGAGCUACGUCCAGGACAACGUCGGCUGGGGCCUCGGCUUCGGCAUCCCCUGCAUCGUCAUCCUCGUCUCCCUCGCCGUCUUCCUCAUUGGCACUCCCUCCUACCGCUACUACACCACCAAGGAGCCCAGCCCCGUCGCCCGCGUCGGCAAGGCGCUCCUGGUGCUCAUCAAGAGCUGGAGAUCAAAGCACCGCACCAAUCCGGCGAGCGGCAAGGUGGAGGCCAAGAACUCCGACGAGGACCUGGUGGAGGAGGUGAGGAGCGUCUUCCGCCUGCUGCCCAUCUGGGCGUCCUGCAUAAUCUACGCCAUCAUCUUCUCCCAGACCUCCACCUUCUUCACCAAGCAGGCGGCCACGCUGGACCGCCGGAUCGGCCCCAAGUUCAAGGUGCCGCCGGCGGCGCUGCAGACCUUCAUCAGCGUCAGCAUAGUGGCCUUCAUCCCGGUGUACGACCGCCUCUUCGUGCCGCUCGCGCGCCGCUACACGGGGCGGCCCACGGGCAUCACCAUGCUGCAGCGGGUCGGCGCCGGCCUCUCCCUCUCCCUCGUCGCCGUCGUGCUCUCGGCGCUCGUGGAGAUGAGGCGGCUCGGCGUCGCCAGGGACGCCGGCCUGGUGGACGCCCCCAAGGCGCACCUGCCCAUGACGCUCUGGUGGAUGGUGCCGCAGUACGUCCUCAUCGGCGUCUCCGACGUGUUCGCCAUGAUCGGCCUCCAGGAGUUCUUCUACGACCAGGUGCCCGACGCCGUGCGCAGCCUCGGCCUCGCGCUCUUCCUCAGCAUCUUCGGGGUGGGCCACCUCCUCAGCAGCUUCCUCAUCUCCGUCAUCGACAGGGCCACGGCGAAGCGCGGCGCCAGCUGGUUCUCCAACAACCUCAACCGCGCGCACCUCGACUACUUCUACUGGCUGCUCGCCGGACUCUGCGUCCUCGAGCUCGUCGCAUUCUUCUUCUUCUCGCGAGCCUAUGUGUACAAGAAGAAGAGCGACGAUGGCGAUUACAGGGGAGGUGAUGCAGAUGCUGAUGCUACAUUGGUGUAACUUAUUAAUUCUGGUUAGUACUACGCCAGAGAGGUGUAGCAAGUGCAAAAAAUUUCAAAACAAGUACAGUACAAAAAUUUCAGAUUGUUA